AUGAUAUCACCAACGAUGCGACUAGACCUUCAGGUCGAUGCUGUCGCUUUCACUUUAACCAUCUUUCGGGCCAACAAGAACAAGCGUGCUGUCAUCUUCAAGCGUGCCGAGUCCUAUGUCAAGGAGUACCGUGAUGCUGAGCGCGAGAAGAUCCGCUUGGCUCGUUUGAGCAAGCAGGAGGGCACCCUCUAUGUCCCUGCUCAGCCCAAGCUUGUCUUCGUUGUCCGUAUCAAGGGUAUCAACAAGAUUGCUCCUAAGCCUCGCAAGAUCCUGCAGCUUCUCCGUCUUCUCCAGAUCAACAACGGAGUCUUCGUCAAGCUCACCAAGGCUACUGCUGAGAUGUUGACCAUUGUUGACCCAUACAUUGCCUACGGCUACCCCAACCUCAAGAGCGUCCGUGAGCUCGUCUACAAGCGUGGUUACGGAAAGAUCAACAAGCAGCGUGUUGCCCUUACCGACAACCAGCUUAUCGAGGAGAACCUUGGCAAGUACGGCAUUGUCUGCAUGGAAGACUUGAUCCACGAGAUCUACACUGUCGGCCCCAACUUCAAGCAGGCCAGCAACUUCCUGUGGCCAUUCAAGCUUUCCAACCCUACUGGUGGUUUCCGCACUCGCAAGUUCAAGCACUUCAUCGAGGGUGGUGACACUGGUAACCGUGAGGAGAACAUCAACGCCCUCAUCAAACAGAUGAACUAA